GCUUGCAACCGCCGUGAGCGGCAUACCAGUGUUUAUUGGUAACCGGUAGGCUACUCCGGAGCCCUCAGCGGAUGUCCACUGUCACCGUGUGUACGUGAUGAGGGACGACGGGUUUGAAACACACCUCUGGGGUGGGGGAUCUGCUGGUAGCCAGCACCAAUCUGAGAAGGGUAGAAGGAGGGGGCGGGAAGGUUAGUUUGAAGAGGGCAGGCUUUCCACGAUGACAGCGCUUUCCCUCUCAUCAUUUCCCCGUAACAAAAAAAAAACACUUCAAAAUCCAGUGGAAUAAGAAUUGACGGAGAAAUCAGUUGGGCCAAAACAGCGCCGAUUGACGGAAAGAAAAUCAAAAAGUCGGAAGAAAAUAAGAGCAGGAAGAAACGUUGUUUUCUGGGUUUUGGGCCGUAGUUUGAGAUGGCUGCCACUCUCCGGAAACUUGCAGUAUUUGUGUCAGGCAUGUGGAUCUGCCUCCUGCUCCUCAACCCCUUUCCACAAACCGGGGCAGUGGUUGGGCACAGAGAGCCGUUGCCUGACGACAGUAGAGACAACAUCACCAUUUUCACCCGGAUCCUGGACAGACUGCUGGAUGGCUACGACAACCGCCUGCGCCCCGGGCUGGGAGCAGAGAGUGUGACGGAGGUGAGGACAAAUAUCUACGUGACCAGCUUUGGACCGGUGUCAGACACAGACAUGGAGUACACCAUCGAUGUGUUCUUCCGUCAAAGCUGGAGGGAUGAGAGGCUGAAGUUCGACGGGCCCAUGCAGGUCCUGCCUCUUAACAACCUCCUGGCCAGUAAGAUCUGGACUCCAGACACCUUCUUCCACAACGGGAAGAAAUCUGUGGCCCACAACAUGACCACGCCCAACAAACUCCUACGACUGGUGGACAACGGUACCCUGCUUUACACUAUGAGGCUGACCAUCCAUGCUGAGUGUCCCAUGCACUUGGAGGAUUUCCCCAUGGAUACACACGCCUGUCCUCUGAAGUUUGGAAGCUAUGCAUAUACCAACAACGAAGUUGUCUAUAUCUGGACCAAAGGAGAUGAAGAUUCUGUAGUCGUAGCGAAGGAUGGUUCAAGGCUAAACCAGUAUGAUCUACUAGGCCACGAUAUUGGGAAAGAAUCCAUGAGUUCCAGCACAGGAGAAUAUGUAGUGAUGACAACGUAUUUCCAUUUGAAAAGGAAAAUUGGCUAUUUUGUGAUUCAAACCUACCUCCCGUGCAUCAUGACUGUCAUCCUGUCUCAGGUCUCCUUCUGGCUAAACAGAGAGUCGGUUCCCGCCCGCACUGUAUUCGGGGUCACAACAGUUCUGACCAUGACAACCCUGAGUAUCAGUGCCAGGAACUCCCUGCCCAAGGUAGCCUAUGCUACAGCUAUGGACUGGUUCAUGGCAGUAUGCUAUGCCUUUGUUUUCUCCGCCCUGAUAGAGUUUGCCACAGUUAACUACUUCACCAAGCGCAGCUGGGCAUGGGACGGCAAGAAGGAGGCCCAGGAGAUGAGGAGAAGAGAAUCUGCCUCCCUUUCCAAAAAGGCCAAUAACACAUUCAACAUUGUCGGAACUACCUACACCAUCAACGUGGUAAAGGACCCAGGUUUAACCACCGUCUCAAGGAGUGCCACCAGAGCUACACACCACCACCACCACCACAGCCACAAGGUCCCUAAAAUGGACGACUCAUACGUUGAAGCCAUAAAGUCCUACAACCGCGUCAGCAGAGUGGACAAGAUCUCACGCAUCAUCUUCCCGGUGCUGUUCUUCAUCUUCAACCUGGUCUAUUGGGCCACGUACAUCAACAGCAAGCCGCGCGCCAUCCUCUCCCCCAGGUCCACCACCCACAAUUAAAGUCUCCCCGACAAACUAUUAGGCUGAGGUGGCAGGAGGCCAAGAGAUCCACGACAUGUUAUUGUAUCAUUGUUUUGGACUUCAUUUUGAUAUUUGCAAGUCUCAAUAGGUCAAAGACAAACAUUCUCUUAGAUUUGUAUGUACAUAGUCAAACUAUAAAUGCUCAUUUGUUGUUUCCUGAUUAUCUGUUUCUUUGAUAGAAUAGCCGGAUGGUGUUUUGGAUAUGCUUUCUCUUCAUUCUGACAUGAUAAGGGGGAGCAUGUGUUUGAAUCCUUCAUGUUAGCUCAUUACAGAGGAUCAGGUCCUGGUGCAUCACACACACACACACACACACACACACACACACACACACACACACACACACACACCAUUCACUCUGAAUUGUGUCAGAAUGCAGCAAGGAGAGCCAUUGGCUUAUUGUCGCUAUGGUGGGCUCUUAUAGCCAGGGGCAGCCUGUACAGUUCCAUUGGAACAUCAUUAAUAAUCCUCAGUGUCUGCCCUUCUGCUAGCGCUGAAUCUCAACAGACCCAACGCAAUAUCAUCUGGAAUUGCUUUUGUGUCCUAUGGGCCUGCCUGUGCAUUUUCCAGUCCAGUGACUUUUAUUGUUUUAACAGGCUGAGUAUGCUCAAAGAGAAAGAAGCCGUGUGCCUUUUUGAAUACCCACAUCUUUAAGAUAAAGCAUUUGGCACACGCAAACACACACACACACACGUAUACACAAGCACACUGGUGUCCAUAUGGUUUGGGCCUGUGUGCGGAAGCUCCCCCUUCUCUCCCUCCUCGUACAGCCCAUGGUCACCGGUGGACAUGGUCAGCGAGGGUAAAAUCUCUAAAGCAUGGAUGAAACGUAAUCCUAAUAUGACUGAUGCAGCAUUAUAAAAUAUUCUCUAUAUACAUUGUCAUGUAUUGGCUUACAGUGGUCAGGCUCUGUCAUAGUAUUCGGACACCAUUACCUCAGACUGAAGUCUAAUAUAGAUAACAGUUCAUUUGUAUAGUAAGGCAUUCAUUGGUUAAUUUAUUCAACCAUGUUCUAUCUAUAGUAAAUAUUCUUGACUUUUCAGUUAAUAAUGGAUGUUUUCUGAUGAAAGCUUUGACCCUUGUGCCUGUUCGUAUUGUUUUUUUUCUCUCCAUGGGAUUAUGAUACAAGUUUGAGGCCCCAUUUAGAAAAAGACCACUUAUUUUUUAAGAUACUCGUUUCCAUGUUGUCAUUCCCAUUCUAUACAUUCGGUUUUAUUUGUGUGUACAGGGAUGGGCAAAAAUAAAAUAAAAAUACAAUUGCAUAAUACAUUUUCAAAGUACCAUAAAGAUCAAUGUAUCAAAAUAAACUACAAAAUACAUGUAUUUUGUGUUUUAAAAUACAGAAAUAUAUUUGCAAGUAGCUGGCCCGAAGAGCAAUAACAUUCUCAGUAACGAUUACAGAAACAUAUGACUUGCUAUAACUGUAAUAUGUUGUUGUUUAUCUACCUUAGUUGAAUACACUGACUGUAAGUCACUCUGGAUAAGAGUGUCUGCUAAAUGACCAAAAUGUAAAUGUAUUUAUGAAAAUGAACAUGUCAAACGGAACUGCAAAGCACACUUGGUAUUAUUAUUAUCAUUGUGUCGGGCGGAGCUCAUUAUAAUAAUACCCAGCAUGCUUUGCAAUUGUCCAUUUUUACAUUUACAAUUAUAUUUAGUUCAUUUAGCAGAUGCACUUAUCACACCAUAGUGCCAUCAGACUUCUGAUACCAAUUCAGGGGAGAGGGGGCUACAACAUUGUGAACUGCUAUUAAAAAAAAUGGUAUAGAAAAGUAUUUGUAUUUAGAAAAUACUUAUUACAGCUCUCAAAAGUAACUUCUUACAAAAUACAUUGGAGUGUAGUUCAGCCCAGUGUAAUACAAAUGACAAAAUACUCAGAAGUGUUAAGGUCAAAUAUGUUGUGCUCAAAUCAUACAGCCUGUACAUGGCGAUGAUAAUAGCUGCUGUGAAAGUAAUGACGUUGCACAGGACUUUUCCCAUGGGUUUCCAGGGAGUUCUGUGAGUGCUUAAGCAGAUGACUUUUCCAGAACCCAAAAUAUGUUCUCAACCAUCUCUCAAACCAAGACUACGUUCAAAGGAGAAACGCCUUUCAAAUGGAUAGAAUGGGAACUAUUUUAUUGUGACUUCUCUGAAAGUGUGUUAAAAAACACAAACCAUGUACAAUGUAUCAAACAUAUGCAUGACAAUCUGUACAUGUGGAAGUCUGCAACCUCCAGUAAAUGCUGUUUGCCAUAUUGAACUGUAAGGCUUUAGUAUCAGUGUUUCAGUUGCUAACUAAGAUACUGUGUAGUAUUCCAUCUCUGUUGGAGCUGGGGGUUGUCCUUCUAGCAGGGCCAGGGGUUGAUAGCUACAGGAAGGACACUUAUCAUCAUAAAAUCGGAUAGGAAAUAUAUUUAUAUAUGAAUACAUACAUAGUAAAUAUAUUUAUGCUAAUUAACACAUGCAAUAUAAGACAUUAUAUACAUGUUAUAUAUGAUAUAGCCUAUACAGUAUCGUGGGUAGAAAGCAGUAGAGAAACAAAUAGACACAUGAAUACAAUAUUUAAACUAAGGACAAAUACUUUAAUUACAACACAAAAUAGUAAUUUGUGAAUUUUGUAGAUAUUGUGAAUCCAACUGUAAUAGAGCGUUUGUGAAAUAUAAUUAAGUCAGGUUUCCUAUUGAUCAGUCUUGCAGUCUUACUGUACAUUCAGCUCUAAAACACCAUCAAUGCUAUGGGAGAUUGCCAUUGGUGUAGCCCAAAGGCCGGCAGAUGGCGAUAUUGAGUCGUUUUAUCUUAACGUCCAAAGGGAAUGUAUGCAGCCGGUUAUAUACUCGUAUCCCUCGUGGACCGGUUCGAACAUAAAACAUUCUCCAUUCAGGCUGCAAACUUGAGUUAAUGACAAGAAGGUGGGAUUAAAACAUGGAAAAAUGUGCAUACUUUAUGAAACACCAUUUUCCAACACCAUGCUACUUCCUGCGAUCAGACCAAGGGUAAACAACAGAUUGCUGCAACUUGAUUGGCUGAGCACUUUGGGCUAACAUGGGUGAUGCUUGGCGUCUGACAUCUUGGCUUCUUAGCAAGAUGAAUACUUUGCAUGCCCUUUUCAUACCUAACUGAACGAGCAGAUGCCUUGUCUACAAGUGAUGCUGCUCUACACACUGUACUCUGUUCUCCAUUCUAACUGCACUGAGGGAGUGGAGACCUCCACAAAGAGAGCUCCCGGAUUACUAUGGACUCUGGAAGUAGCUCUCUUUACUGGCCAUGCUAGUCGUUGCAAUCCCAUGUUGAAGUGUCUCUCCCCUGUCUCUCAAUGACAGGACCCUGGGUGUUGGAGAGCCAUUUCUGUAUAUUGUCUACUCGCCGCUUGGCAAAUAACAAAUAGCAGUUGGGAUUUCAAGGACAUUGCAUGUGGACACAAAAAAAGUUUAGGGAAAUAAUCUGCCCAAGAAAAAUCCACCCAAGUAAUUUGGUUUGUUUUGACAUGUGGAUCAUUGAAACAUCAAUCUUGUGCCUCUUGGUAGUUACCUCUGUCACGUGGGAAGUGCUCUAGCGCAUGCUAGUAAUUUUGUUUGCAGUGUUGACACUGCGAUUCAAUGCAAAAAGGUUGCACGACGGAACGAGGAAAUCCUAUAGGGGACAGGGCACGGCCUGCACAAUCUGUGUUGCAAUGCUUGAUAGCACCAAGGAACAGUCAACUGAAACUUGGAGUGUCAUUUCUGUGAGGUACUGUAUACAAAUGCAAGCACAGCAGAUGCAGCUUAUAGACAUGAUUCAGUAGUGUCCACACUUUUUAUUUAGUGGAGAAUGUAGGGGGUCAUUGUGAAUCACCUCACAGAUUAAAUAUAGUCAUGAUCCACUGGGCAAAAACUGGGUGAAUCAACGUUGUUUCAAAGUAAUUUGUCAACGUAAUUUGUAUUGUGACGUGGAAAAUACAUUGGAUUUCAAAAAAGUACAGUUUUCAUCUCAUUUCAACCAGCUUAGGUAAACAUUGAAAUUAGGGUAAAACUUCAACUUAAAUACUUUGACUUAUCUGACUAACAGGUUGUUACAUGUAAUUUCAACAUAAUCAUCAGAACUAUGUAUAGAUUGAAAUUGCAUUGAAAAUAUUUUUCAUCCUAUAUUAAAUAUAGUGAGUGGUUGAAUUACAUAUUUGAUUAGACAUAUUUAAUUUGACCUUGUUUCAAUAGUAAAAUAGUAUGUUUGAAUAAACAUAAUUAACCGAAAUAAAGAACUACCUCUAUAUUGAAAUAAAAGGUGAAGCCACAGUCUGCAUGAACAGUGCCUCCUAGUGGUGUACGAGAGGUAAUACAGCUCAGACGGAACAAGUCUACCAUCCAGAUGCCCAUCUCUGUGUAUGCUGCUUAGCUUUGGAAACAAGCUAUGCUCUGUUCAGCUGAGCUAUCAUGUCAACACAUUCAGACCUCGAUCAACUUCUAUACUCAUUUGUGUAGACUACCUAAAUGAUAUUGACUAGUUUAACUUUUAUUACACUAGCUGUAUGUGAAAGUAAAUUCGGAGUGAGGUGCCCAAAGGACAUUUAAAGAUGCAUUUAAAGGACAUUUAAAGAUGUAUUUAAAGUGCAUUUAAAGAUUGAUUUCAUUCCAGUGCUAAUCUUUAACUUAGAUUUUAUGGUUGAGAUGGAGAAGUGAAUCCAACAUAUCAGUCGUUAAUUUGAAGACAAACUGGAUGUUGAAUUGUCCACACAACCAAAUAUCAACAUUUGAAGGAGAUAUACAGUAUCUUCUACUUGGAUAGUAUAUAUUAUGAAAAACACAAAUACAAGACCAUAUCCAAAGGUAAAAGUUUAUGAUUAAUGUCAUGAAUUUAGCAUCCUAUUUAAAGGGCUAAUGGUAACUACAUUCUAAACUUCCAAAGAUCCAAUCAACCAUGGACGAAUAAUGGUAUACUUAGCUUCAUGUUGACAACUAGGUAGCUAGCUACACACACUCGACUGGUGACCGCAUCUCUCAAGCCAUGCAUGUUUGGAUACCAAGUGCACAAUCUCUGUGCAGGGCAGACUAGGAAAAAGGCUCAUCCGGAUGCGUGCACGCUGCGUACAGGGCAGAUCAACAGGUGCAAACAACAGACGGGGUGGAAGGGGGCGAACUUGACGACGACUUGCGGGUAGUGGAUUCCAAACAACAAUGACUUUUAAAAAAUGAUCAUUUGGGGGGAAAUUAUACCACCACCGAAUAGGGCACGUUGGAGACUGGAAGGGAAAAAGGGGGCAUGUGCUUUGCACAGGUAGAGCUCAAACUGUAUAUGUGCCUGUGUACCAGUAGGAGUCACUGUUCAGGCAGGAAUUGUUAGGCUGUGGCUUCACAUUUUAUUUCAAUAUACCUCAUUAUUUAGGUUGAUGGCAUGACAUUGAAACAAUGACGUUGAUUCGAACAUACCAUUUUACUAUCAACAUUGAAACAAGGUCUAAUCAAAACUGGCAAAUCAAAUAUGAAAUUCAACAUCAUUUUAACCACCCAAUAUAUAGUAUGAAAAAUAUCUUUAACAUUUCCAUGUGAAAUGUUCAAUGCAAUUUCAAUUUAUAUGCUACAUAGUUCUGAUGAUUAUGUUGAAAUUAGAUUGAUGUAACAACCAGUUAGUCAGGUUAAGUCAAUGUAUUUAAGUUGAAGUUUGGCCCUAAUUUCAAUGUUUACUAUGCUGGUUGAAAUGAGAUGAAAACAGUACUGGUUGAUUACUUUUUUCAAAACCAAUGUAUUUUUUUACGUUGGUCACACAUCACAAUACGUUGACAAAUGACAUUGAAACAAUGUUGAUUCAACCAGUGUUUGACCAGUUGGUGGGCAAUAGGACCAGAAUGUAGAUGUCUGCCUAAAUAUGUACCCUUUAACCAUUUUUUGCCUCUGCCAUACAGUAUGUAUCCAUUAUUUUCAGAUUAUUUGCUGUGCCAAAUGACCUUUUCGAAAAAAAAGAGUAAAGAAAUCAUGUGCCCAAGGAUGUUGCAUGGUUUCAUGUUUUGCUCUCAGAGAGAUUGAGUUUGGCAUUGAAAAUGUCUGAAGGGCGUUGAUUAAGACACAAUUUGUUGAAGCAGGCGUGUUGUGUGGGAGAUUACAUUUUGUAUAGACAGACCCUGACCCGUUUAACAUGCAUCGAGGUGGUGAUGAUGGACAUUUUCCAUAUGAUGCUGCAACAGCUGACCCAUUCGCCUCAGUAAAUGAUUUAAUGUCAGGACCAAAACACUAUUCAAUAUUGCAUCACUUGAGAUGCUCAGCUAGACCACUUGCUGUAUCAGAAAAUUGCUUAGGAUAUUCAAGUGACUCUACCAUGCAUCCUGCUGUAGGAGCCGUAUACCACAGUUUGGAACUGGGCACAAACAGUAGUUUGUCAGUCAAGACAAACAGAACAUCAAUGUCAUUCUAUGGUGGUUCACUUCCUGUCUAGUAUUGAAUAGUAUAAAGAGGUGGACUGUGUAGUCCAUUAUAUUUAGAGCCAAAUAACAUCUCUUUUUUUUUCUCUGCCCGCAUUAGAGAAAAUUAGAAUGUGUGAAAAAUGGUCCCAUGAAUAUUUGAGGUUAUAGCCUAGAAUAGUUUUGACUUUAAAUUGGUUAGGUUGCUUGUGCCUGCUACGUUAAAAUAUUUAUAAUAUUUAUACAUUUAGUAUACGAGUUUUAUUCAUAACCACUGUUCUCUGAGUGUACUAAGUUUUAAAUUGGUGUGCUGCACUGUGGAUGCUGCACUGUGGAUGCUGCACUGUGGAUGCUGCACUGUGGAUGCUGCACUAGCUCUGUGAAUCCAAAGUUAAUAAAGCCAAACACAUUUGACAACUUUCAUCACAGUAGCCUAGUUUCAGGAAUCAGUGCGCUUUGCAUAUUUAACCUGUGUGGAAACCUGCGGCUUCUGUGGAAGCUUUUGUUGCACUGUGCUCUGUCCUGCGGUACUUAACGAUACACUUAUCAAAUAUAGAAUUAUAAAAAUGGUCAGCACCCAGCAUAUCUGAUGCGAUCUGAUCAUAUUGUUCAUUUUGAAGGCAGCGUGUCUGCGAGGAGGUUUAUUUCACCUUUCGCUGUUUUAAAGACUGUAAUGAUGACGUCAAUCUGUCAGAGAUGUUUUUUUUGUUGUUGUAGAAACCUGACUUUGAAAGUGUUCAUUUUUCUCUCUGUUGUGAAAGUUUGUUUGUGGGGCUGAUGACAAUACAGAAAUGCUGUUUUAAACCUCCCUUUGUCUAGGUUUUGCUGUUCUUUAUGUUAAAUAAAGGUACAGUACUUUCAUUUGCUGCUUGCUUUUCAGUUGUCUUUGUGAAAGUGAUUGAAUAAACGAUUGAAUGCUGCAACCCCAUUCUCCUUUUCAGCUGUUGACAUUAGUAUUAAUUGGUGACUAUGUACUUCAUAUAGGCAUAAUGCAUUGGUUAUGAAGUGUCUAUGCAAUCCUCACAAUGGGCCCUUAACUGAGGGAUUCUCCAUGUUUUCUGUUGGGAAGAAGUGUUUGAGUGUCUAGACUGAUGAAAUAUGUAUUAUUGCGAUGUCCUAUUCUUUUUGAGCCCAGUGUGUGCACUGCCUUCACAAUGAGCAGCAUUGAGGAUCUGUGUGCUUGGGUGUAUAUGGACCGCAUCCAUCUUUAAAAAGGUGUGGACCUUCUGAAGCCUCUCUGCCCAUCACUCACCUCAAAUAAAUUCUA